GACGACUUCUCUUUCCCUCGACUUGAUUCGCGGCGGCGGCGCGCGAGUAUACGUGGUGUGAUCAACAUAUCGAGUAGUGAGUGGCGAACUCGGCUAGCGGCUGGGAAAUCUCCACUCGUAUACGAGCCAGCUCGUAAUCGAUGCGUGUCGUCGCCGCGCGCGGCUGCCCCUGGUUCUAACGGAGCUGUCCUCUCUACCUCUGCAGAUUCACCUCGUGGCCCGUGGCAGUAACAGUAUCAAGCAAGAGGACAUCAUCCCUCUGCAUAUGUCCAGUAACGCAACGUAACGGCCAGAGUGUGGUGCAUAGUCUUCAAGGAGUAAGGCGAAACGUCGUCGCGGAAGAGCGGAAAGAGUUGCCGCCAAGAUGCAGUUCUUUCACAAGGACAAGAUCCUGUCGCCCGGACAGCUGAAGCGGCUCAGCGAACACAAGUACAGCUGCUCGAGCGCCAGCUUGCUCGACGGCUUCCUGCAGCCCUGGUGGGACUGGCUCGUGAGCAAGGUGCCGAUAUGGCUCGCGCCUAACCUCAUCACCGUCCUCGGCCUCAUCGUCAACAUCGUUACCACCCUCGUGCUCGUCUGGUACAGCCCCGAUGCCAAGGCCGAGCCACCACGAUGGGCCUGUUUCUUGUGUGCAGUUGGACUGUUUUUUUAUCAAAGUCUGGAUGCUAUUGAUGGAAAACAAGCAAGAAGAACAGGCACCUCAACACCCUUGGGUGAACUCUUUGAUCAUGGCUGCGAUUCUAUUUCAACAGUAUUUGUUGCCCUGUCAGCAUGUAUAGCAGUACAACUGGGUUACUAUCCUACAUGGAUGUUUUUCCAAUGCUUUUGUGCCAUGACGCUUUUCUACUGUGCUCAUUGGCAAACAUACGUGUCAGGAUCUCUGAGGUUUGGAAAAGUUGAUGUGACGGAAGCCCAAUUUACGAUAAUAGCAAUUCAUCUCAUCUCUUCAAUUUUUGGACCUGGCAUCUGGAUGAAGGAGAUACCAUUUUUAGACGGUUUUCAGUUUAAAUAUUUGAUAGGAGUUAUGACAGUGGUCUGUGCAUUGGCAAACUUGUAUACCAUCUUCUCGGUGAUUUUCACCGGAGGAGUGGGCAAGAAUGGUUCGACUGUGGCUAUACCAGUGCCUAACAUGGGUACAUACUCUAAUCUCGUAGCAGUAACAUUUUAUGCAGGCUACGUUAAUGUGUUCAUUCAGUUCUGUAAAGUCUUUGAAUCUGGUGGGGUUGGAAAGAAUGGUUCGACAAUAGCAUUGCCAUACACUGGCACAGAAGUGAAGAUCUUUCCGUUAUGGGGCGCAGUUGGUGUUGCUGUUUUGCUUGCGCUCAGCAGCAUGUCCGUCAUUCUUGCCGGUGGUGUCGGAAAGAAUGGCUCCACCGUCGCAGGAACGUCGGUAUUAUCACCCAUCAUACCCUUCAGUUUCGUGGUUGUGCCAGCCUUUAUAAUCUAUAGAAAGAGCGCUGAGCAUGUUUACGAGAAUCAUCCGGCGCUGUACAUACUUGCGUUUGGAAUGGUAGCUGCAAAAGUCACAAACCGACUCGUGGUUGCUCACAUGACGAAAAACGAAAUGCAGUACCUCGAUAGUUCAUUAAUAGGACCAGCCAUGCUGUUCCUCAACCAGUACUUUAACUUUUUCAUCAAAGAGUAUUACGUUCUUUGGCUAUGCUUCAUUUGGGUCACCUUGGAUUUACUUCGAUAUAGCGCACAAGUCUGCACGGAAAUUUGCGAUCAUUUGAACAUACAACUCUUCAGGAUACCGUAUGCCGAUCAUCAUCACCUGCAUCAAAAUCAACGCAACAGUGGCGCGCAAGGUGUCACCGAAAAAAAUGGGGGACACGAAAGUAGGGCCGGCGGCGUCGAAGUGUCGAUGACAAGCGCGGCUAAAGCUUCGUAGACUGACACUGUGCAGGCAGGUGUGUGCAUGAGAAGAGUUUUGUUCGCAGUGCAAAUGCCGGUGGAAGCGGAGCCGCUACUCUACGAGGAGUCGGUGGUGCAACCCCAGCUCCACCAUCACUACCAUCAUCACGGCUCUAACACGUCCCUCGACCUCUGAUACAACGACUCCGAGUCUCACGCUGAUGCAACCGGUCCCUUGGACAAACCAGAAGCAAUGACGACGACGUUGGACGACCUCGUGAUCGUUACUGUGCAUAGCGACAUCGCAAUGACUAGAUAGUAAGACUAAUCUACCUAUUAUGAACUUCUAGUUGUAUUAUUAGCUUAAGUGAGCGCGCGCGUGCGUGUGAUGAAGCGCCGAUGCCACUUAGAUUUCCUGUCACUGAGUUUUUCCUCCGUUGAAUGAACUGUGUUUGUUGAAGAGAUUGUUGCUUAGGUACUUACUUGAGGAUCUGCGGACUGUGAAAUAAGUCUGUAUACACUUAUCGCUCGUCAAAUACAAUUAGUUUUUUUAUUCAUAAAUUAUAUUAUACAUAUUAAGUAACUAUUCGACGGUAAUUGCUGUACCUAUAUUUUCGUUAUAUAUGUUUGAUAAAUAUAUGAUGAUACCUAUUUGGAAAGUUUAUAUUAAAUACAAUAUAUAAAAAGAACUAACAAUAUCUUGAUCGCAGCUUAAUGGAAGCAUUGAAUUGAAUUGUUACAAGAGUAUAAUUAGUUAUACUGUACACAAGAGUAUAAGUUAAUUGUAUUUAAAAGUUAAAAUGACCAAAUUAGAGUCGUAAACUAUACUAGUUCAGUAUCUUUGCAUGAACGAAACUAAUCAAUUUUUCAGAUAUAGUUCAGUCGAUACAAGAAAUACAAGCUUUUUCAUUCAUUGACUUAAAGAUAGCAAUCGUGUAAAUAUGAAAGUGUAAAUGUCUGUAGUUGAGAUUUUUUCUAUAUACAGUCGAGACGAUUUUUCCGUCACAACAGGAGUAACGAUCUCCCAUUUACAAUUUUAUAGAACUAUACAAGUUUACGAUAACGAUUAUGUUUUAUAAAUAUAUACUGAGAGAUUUAUGCUCUCCAUAACAAUUGAAAAUCAACUUUAAAAAGAUUGAUGGUAACAAAAUUAUGUCAAUGCAGACAAAAUCGUGUAAAGAAGCAUUUAAAUUAAUUUUGAUAAAUUUCUAUGCAUUUUGAAAAAGUGCGAAUAGAAUGUUUAGAUAAGUAGACUAUUUAUUGAAUUACUUGAAUUACAUAGAAAAAUUUUGUUUUUGAAUAAAUUCGAAACUUUAUAUAAUACAAUUUACUUCAUAAUCGCUUUUUGAAGCUAACCCAAAUACAACUUGAAGGAAUCUGUAAGAAACUAAGUAAUCUCAUAACAGAACAUUUUAUGCACGUGGUCAUACAUACUAGUUGUUGAAUAAGAUGAUAUUUCACUCGCAUCAAAAGUAAUAUAUAAAAUUGUUUCAGUUUCAUGAGUACAGAUUUUGUAGGAGCCUAGGAUGAGCAAAAAUAAUUUUCAUUUGGUUUUAGAAUGAUUACCUCGCGUUAUGAACUCGUGCAAAAGUUCGUGUAGAAAGAUAACAAAAGUGCCUUUUUCCUAAAUGCUGAUUUAAUAAAUUGUUGCGUUGAUAACAGAACCACAUAGUUACCAGAUGGAUUCUGCUCAAAAAAAAUGAAAGUAACCGACCUACAGUUUCUGGCUUUGAUUCGUUUAUCAUCGAUAGGAAUUUUAUAGUAAAAUAUUGAUGUAAAAUUUGUACCUAAAAGUUAAAUAUUGAUGUAUUCCAUUUUCACUAUGGACAAAUUAUCAUGUUGAAAUUGAGAAAAAUGUUUAAGUGCAUAAAUAGCUAUAAAACCCGUCUAUAUUGGUGCUUUAAAUUGUUUAUAUAGUCUUUGUUUCAAGUACAAGUAAAAUAAUGACCAAUUUUAAAUGCAGUCAUGAUAAAAUCAAUAUUGUUUAGUCCUUUCCGAGCCCAGAAUAAAUCGAAUCAAUUUCUUGCCUUCAAAAAUAAACAUAACAAAAAUGUAUAAAAUAUUAUGCCAAACCAAAUUAGUUUCAUAUGAUGUGUAGAAGUCGAUGAAUAUAUAAAAUUUAGAACAAUGAGAUAAUAAAAAUAAUGUUAAUGGGGUCGGAAGGGGUUAAGGUAAAAGUUUAAGCUAAUUUAGUUGAAUAAUCUUGUUUCUCGCGCACGAGCGUGAAAGCGUGAAAUUACGAUUAUGUGCGUAAUUCGGCCUAGAUUGUAAGAUAAAGAACUGCUAUAGCGUUUAUGUGUUAUAAUUAAAACACAUUAUGCUCAUUUUAAUAUUAUUUAUGAAUAAAUGUUGAUACGUAUAAUUCA